UGACUCCGACUGACUCAUAUGGGUGCUCCCCUGUCGGAGUCAGAGAUGGAAAGGAUAAAGGCUUUUCUGUAGCGGUAGCGUUCAAGGGCGUCACGCAGGAUCUGUAACCGGAAGAAGGGCGGGAGCAUGGCUGACGCCUUUCUGGAGGACAAGGACGCUCACUCGAUCCUCAAGCGUUUCCCGCGAGCCAAUGGCUUCUUGGAGGAGUUCUGGCAGGGGGACAUCGAGAGGGAGUGCGGAGAGGAGAGCUGUAGCUUCGAGGAGGCCAAUGAAGUGUUUGAGAACAAGGAGAGAACGAUGGAGUUCUGGAAGACGCGCAGCGUGUACACAGUAAGCAGCAACAGCGAGAGCGCCGCGGAGCGGGCCGACACCGUCUACAUGGUGGUCCCCUUGCUGGGCGUUGCCCUCCUCAUCAUCAUCGCCCUCUUCCUCCUCUGGAGGUGCCAGCUCCAGAAGGCCACGCGGCGGCGGCCCGCCUAUACCCACAACCGCUACCUGGCCAACAACCGCGCCACGCGCAGUCUCCCUCGCAUCCUGGUGCACCGCGACACGCCCCCGCACGCCGACACCGCGCACCAGGACCAGGGCAGCUCGCGGCCCACCGUGGUGGUGACCGGCCCCGAGAGACGGGGGGGGUGCGUCCAGGCGUGUCCCCAGCCGGAGCCCCCCUCCCGGCAGAACCACCGCUCGCUGUACGUGCAGAACCCCUCGCUGUCGGUGGCGUCGCGGCUCUCGGGGGCCACGCCGCCGCCCUCCUACGAGGAGGUCACGGGGCACCUGGUGGAGAGCAGCGGGGACGAGGUCUCGGCGCCGUCGUACAGCGACCCGCCGCCGAGGUACGAGGAGAUCAUCAAGGGGAAGUGAGACCAGCGCCGCCGGGUCCAUGGGGAUCACCGUGCUCAUGCCUAGAUCGUCCGGAGCUACAGACUCAAACGUGGUUGCUACUAUCUGUCGGGGGAGGGGCUUCUGGUUCGUCACUUUAUUCUUUCUUCCUCGGUACUCUACUCGGUUCCUACUUUGCCCUUCCUGGUUUGUCAGGAUUGUCCAAGCUGAAAGCGUUUUUUUUUCUCUCUCCGGGAUAAUUAAUAUUUGCGUGGCAGCGUUCCGACCAGAAGCGACCCUACUGGCCAUCUAAUGUCCUUGGCAGGCGGCUAAUGCCAAACGUUUGGCUAGCGGCGGCCACAGCAUGAAAUACAGCGAGGUGAGCGGAGAUGACCUGGCUACAAGCCACAAUAUCGCCUCUAACACUUAUUUCGGCUGUUGUAGCAAGGAUAGCCAGGCUACCAUUAACCACAGAGAGUUAUCGUGUUUAUGUCAAUCUCCAGCGAUUCCGUCGACCACACACUGCAAGUUGUGUUGCUUACAAUCGCAGCUGUCUCGGUCUUUUCCAAUUGCUGAACUCUCGUUAUCCUGGCAGCGUAGCGAUUGGACUAGUACAUCAUUUGAAUUGUGUUCAGGUGUCUCUGGUCCGAGGUAGUGGUUGCCACAGAGCUCUGUCUGUUGACCGUAUGAAGUCAGCAGUGGAAGCAAUGGGACUCAACUGGUUUGUGAUGUUCUCAAGGAGCACCAAGAUAUCUCUUGUGUUGUUCGUCUAGUAUUUUAGUUAGGCUCACAGAGCUCACAGCUAACACUGCUAUUUUAGAUUGUUUUUUCUCUACGAUGGGUCGGGACAACAAGUUACAUUCAGCCCAAAAAACGAACACAGUGCCCCUUUAUCCCAUGUAGGGGUUGGUUUUGUUUUGUAUAAUUAUCAAGCCAUGGGCCAAUGUCCUGAUUCUUCCACAGUCAAAGUUGACCGCAAGUGUUGGCCAUCUCUAUCCAUCACCAGCUGUAGGUUAAGGAAAGCAUUUCUGCUGCACAGCGACUGUUCCACUGCCUAGCGGAGAGGGCUGAGACCGAAUAGGCUGCCAGAAUCACGGUCGGACGUCUCGAACCGCACUCAAAGCUGUUUACCUAAACUUCCAAAAUAAUCGAAAAUGCAGAAAGCGGAAAAGAAGAGCAGAAUCAAUGAAAUGGGCCUUAUUUGUAACAGACAAUGACAGUGUUGAGAGUUGAUAUGGCCAGAUACUCAAGGGGAUGUAUACAUAUACUGUAAAAAUGCAUUGUAUAUUCAUGAUGUGGGCUAAUAAUACACCUAAAGAUGCUUCCUUCAGGUCUGUGCCAUAGUAAAGGGAUGAUGAAGAAAAAAACAAGAUGAUGGAUGCCAAAUGUACACUUACGUCUUACACACCACCACAUAGCCUAUCUUACUAUACUCACAUCUCUUUGUAUCAACCACUCAGAGUUAUUCUGUUCAUGCCUCUAACAUUUCACGACAGGAUCAACAGUAUUACGAAUAUAGAAAAUGUUAGUGUUGGGGGUCACACACUGAACACUAAAAAAGAGUUAACCAUUGUUUUGAACGAGGAUGCUCCCACUGCCACUCAUAUUCAGCUGUAACUUCGGAGAAGGCUCAAAUCCUUAAGGGCCUAACAGCGCCAUGUUUAAUCUUUAAAGACAUGUCCUGUCUGUGUGCUACUCCGGGCUUCUUGGCUGGUGUGUCACCCACCUUUGUAUGUUCGUUGUCGCCGAUCAAGAUGUGCAUCUGCCAAGACAUUACUUUCAAUAAUAUCUUUCUAAAUGGCUAAAUUAGCUAGAAAAUGCUACACCACAAGCCGGGUAUAAUGGCAAUGCUGACAACAGAAAUGGUUUAAUAGUGAAGGAUAGCUGAGAGGCUAGUGGACAAAAGGAAUCGUCCAUUAUGAAUCAGACUGAAGGCCUAAUACUACCAGGGUACAGGGUUCAGCCUAAUGCCAAAUGUAUUACUCUUUUUUGUUAUUCUUUCGUCCACAGUAAUGAGGGCCAUUACCAAAAUGUUUACAAAGCUACGGUUAUUUUCCACAUUAUUGAAGUUUAUCCAUCUCACGUGUUCAAGAGAUAUUUUUACCUUUGUAUCCUUUAUUAUUUAUUAUCUUUUGAGCCCUAUAUGUUUCACACAGAAGAUUUUGAUUGAUUCCUAAUGCGGUUCAUUUAUUGUCUCCGCCACAGAAGGCAUAGUUCUUCCUGCAACUGUUUACUACUAUAUAGCUUAUUACACUGCCAAUGCCAGCACAUAAACCGUCUGAGAUAUUAGAUGUUAUGAGAUGUUGUACAUGAAGAAAUUGAUUUUAUUUAUCUGGAAAGGGUACAUGUCUUGAGGACACAGAUGGGCUGGUGGGGGGCUUUGACUCUCAGCUGAGAGGUCGUGGGCUCCAAACCCAAUUCCGGCCAAUUGACCUGUGGGAAUCCUUGAACAAGAUACCUGCAUCUCCUACCUUCUUAUGAAGGACAUGUGGUUUGGAUAAAAAGCUUUUACUAAGUGAAUAGAUAGUGAUGGAGUGCCACUAAGGGGGUCGAUGGGUGAGUGUCCCCCCCCCUUUUUAGGGCCUCCAGCAUUCUUGAGGAAAGGCUAUUACCUAGCAGAAGAUUGGAUGAGGAACCCAUUUGAAAAGGGGGGCAUGUGUCCACAGCACACACAGGGCUUUACCUUUGCCGUCCGUCGGGCACAGCCUCCUGGUUGGCUGGACUGAGAUGUGACUAGUGGUGGAAUCGGUUGAGACCUAUCCCACCACAAGUCCUAACUCCGUCAUGUCUAUGAGUGGAUGGUUCUCCGGCCGGUAUCUCAGCUUAGGUCCACGGUGAGGCACAAAGGAAGCGGAUCCAGCGCCCUAGUUGGGAUAUGUCUGGAUGGUUCAAUUAUAUCCAUAAGGGUUUCACUAUUCCGAUUGUCUUUUGGGAUUGUAUUCACGCCUUGGGUGACGUGGGCGUCUUCCAAUUCACAAACACCGCCAAACUCCUACCCGAUUGGCACUAGAGACUCUGCAGGCUACGUUUGUGUGUUUAUGUGCGGUCUGCCUCCACAUACUAUUCACCUUGAAGAGAAGCUCACAUGCUGACGUUGAUCUCUUACAUGCAGUGUGCAUGGACAUACUAAUGUCCGACUAAUGUACCUGUAUACAUUAAUAUACUGUCUGGAGAUACAGUGUGGAUGUAUGUAUAUAGAAACCCAUUUCAAACACUUCAGGUCGAUUUAUGGUCUGUAUUCUGCGACGUCAUGCUCAUUGUGUAUGGAGUGUACAAGGAGAAUUCUUACCAAAUAUAUACACAGUAUAAUCUGGACCUUUUAUUUCACAAUGUUUCCAUUGCCUCUUCCUGCCGGUCCUGUGAGACUGGGGAGUAGUGGAAAUUGUUCUUUGAAGAGGAAUUGUGUAUCUUUUACGUUUCUUCUGUUAUUAUUGCUACUCACUGCACACGAGAACCAUUCAACAAUUAGCCCGACAAGUAAUUCAACAAAAUACUGUACUAACAAAGUGCCAAUUUUCUCUCUUCUGUAUGUAAAGCACUAUUUCUUUGUGGACAUAUUAAAUUGAGUUUAAUGUAUA